AUGUCAGACUCUCAGACCACUCAUCGUCAAGCCUGGCGUCGAACCGACGACCUUACUCCGGGUGCCACUCGGAUCAAGCUCGUCGAAGAGGCUCUGCCGCUGCCACUCGAUCCCACCUCAGCCUUGGUCAAGGUCUACGCCGUGGCCCUCAACUACAGGGAUGCCAAUAUCGCGAAUGGUGGCAAUCCUUGGCCAGUGAUACCAAACGUCAUACUCGGCAAUGACGCAGCGGGGGAGGUCAUCGCUAUUGGCGACAAGGUGAAGACCUUGCAAGUCGGUGACCGCGUGGCUCCUAUCAUCGAUACCGAAUACGUGUCUGGUCGCGAGAUUGGCCGUUCCUGGCUCGCGGCCAACGAGGAUGGUGUCAUGGCGGACCAUAUCGUCUUUGAAGAGACCAAGCUGGUGAAGCUGCCCGACCAUCUGGAUUGGAUCAGCGCCGCCACCAUUCCGUGUGCCGGCGUUACGGCUUGGUCUGCGAUCAAAGGUGCCGGACCGGGCAAGACGGUCCUGAUCCAAGGUACCGGAGGUGUUUCCAUGUUUGCACUCAAGCUUUGCAGAGCCGCAGGGGCGAGAGUCAUCCUGUCUUCGUCAAGUGACGAGAAACUCGCCCAGAUCCAGAAGCGAUAUCCAGCACCCCCAAUCCUGACCGUCAACUACAAGAACUCCGAUUGGCAUGAGGAGAUCAUGCGCCUUACAGGUGGCGCGGGCGCAGAUAUUGUUGUCGAGAAUGGUGGCGCACCCUCACUCGUGCAGAGCAUGAAGUGUACACGACGAGGCGGGAUUGUCAGCCAGGUCGGCUACCUUGGCAAUCAGGAUCCGGCGCAGCUGUCAGAACUCAUCCCAACUAUUAUCGACAGAAGGGUGGUAUUGAGGGGCAUCAACGCCGGGUCGAAGUAUGACAUGGAAGAUCUGUGUGCUGCGCUGUCAGCCAGCGAAACCAAGCUUGACGACAUUAUUGACAAAGUUUUUCCGUUUUCUGAGGCUGAAGAAGCAGUGCAGUAUGUCUGGGAGGGAAGGCAGAUCGGAAAGGUCAUUCUGCGGCUAUAA